AUGUGGCUUCCUCUGGUCGGAAGACGUGGAGGUCGACCUUCUCGGCCAUUUAUUUCGGGGACAGCGGAACGCUACGGCCACAAGCAAGUGGACACGUGGUGGAUGCAACAACCGACGCUCGACUACGUCAUGUGUCAGCUGCUGGCGACGUUCAAGUCGAAGAUUAAGGCUAGCUAA